AUGGAGGAUGUGGCUAAGGCACACGGCAUCAGCACACAUACAGGAGAACGAUGGAGGAAGGAAUUUGCCCACUUUGGCAAUUGCAGGCGUGUAAGGAAGAAGAAGGCAAAGGAAAAAGGCACAAAGUUGGGCAGGAAAUGGACAACUGCUCUUGAAAAGAUGAAGCAGUUAGUGGAUAAAGAAGAUCACGAUCGUGAAGCUCCUCUACCUGUUCAGGCAGCACAAGUUGGUGGAAUCCAUCUUGCUCCACGCUCUCUUCAAUACAAUUUGAGCAAAAGAUUGGAUGCUCAUCUGUAUGUGGCUGCUACUACAGAAAGCAUCUCUACAAAGAACAAAGAUGAGCAGGUUCAGUAUGGUUUCUUCCAUCAACACCACACUAUCAUGAACUACUGGCAAUGGACACACUUUACCAAUGAAGCUCACUUCAAUCCAACUGAACAAUUUCAACAAAAGCGUAUCCUCCGACGCUUCAAGAAGCGUACACAUCCUGCCAAUCUUUGA